AUGAGUAAGUUGAUGAAGUUGCAGAAGUUCAGUGGGAAGGCAGAGAGUUACGUGUCCUCAUUGUUGUUGGAUGAAAACGUGGUUCUAGCUGCAGCGGGUGUUGGUGAAGAGAGUGACUCCGUGAAUGAGCAGUACUAUGUCGCGGGACAACAGGCUGGUACGAAGGUGCGUUCGGAGAAUCCGGACGUGUUAGUGAUUGUAUACCAUGACGUGGAUGCGUCCAAUGUUGUAUACCGGGUGACCGCCUUUCUACAUCGGUUCCUAUUCAGUCUUAGUGACGAUAUGAAGUUCAAGUCACGUGGUGAAGCUCUCCGACUUAAGGCGAUUAGUGUAGUUAUGAGUGACUCACAGGUGCGUGAAGAUCGCGUCAUGUUGAGUGCUGUGUGCAACACGGCGCGCACACUCGCGAGUGCAUCGGUACUGAACGCCGUCCUUGUCGAUCUGCCACCUAACGUGCUCAAUUGUCAACUCUUUGCGCGCAUUGCGGAACACGAGGCCAAGAGUCGUCCUUCUGUGUCCUUCGAAGUCUUUGACGAACACGCGUGUGCGGAUCGUAAAAUGGGUGCAUUCCUCGCCGUGGCACAGGGCUCGCGUUACGGUGCGCGACUUGUACAUCUGACGUAUCGCAGUGGUUCCCCGAAGCGCAAGGUCGCGCUGGUAGGCAAGGGCAUCACCAUGGACACCGGCGGAUACAACCUCAAGACGGGCGACGGGAUUUUGUGGAUGAAGGGGGACAUGGGCGGCGCUGCACUCGUGCUGUCGACUGUACUCGCCCUUGCCGACCUCGAGAUCCAAGACGUGGAGGUUCACGCCGUCGCCGCAGUCUGCGAGAACAUGAUCGACAAGGACGCCUACCGACCAGGCGACAUCGUUACUGCCAGCAAUGGCAAAACGAUCGAAAUACAGAACACCGACGCGGAGGGCCGUCUAGCUCUCUGCGACGCUCUCGUGUUCGCCGAACAAACGAUUGGUGCCGAUGUCAUCCUAGACGCAGCCACAUUGACCGGCGCCUGUCUUGUUGGACUCGGUCUCGAAAUCGCUGCCGUCUAUUCCAAUUGCGACCAGUUCCGCGAACAAUUGUGCAAAUCCGCUACAGUCGCCGGUGAAGCGGCAUGGGGAAUGCCUCUUCGCAAACGAUACCUCAAAACUCUUCAACCUCCUUACUGCGAUCUCAGCAACGUCAAACAAGGAUUCCGGUACGGAGGCAGCAUCACCGCUGCUCUCUUCCUUCAAGAAUUCAUACAGUCCGCACGCUGGGCACAUCUCGAUAUCGCCGGACCCGCCUGGAACUUCGAAAAACACAGAGGCGCUGGCUACGGAGUUGCAAUGCUCGUCGACUGGCUCGCCAACAACUAA